GGACCCACCCACAGUGACCUCAGUUUACAUAUUUCUCCUAUGUGGGAGCAGGGACAAAACUGGAAAGGAUUAAAAACUGGAAACUCCACUGUAAUAAUUAAACAAAAAAGAAGGGGGAGAAGAACUUUGGUGGGGUUGAUGGUAUCUUCUUCAAAUUUGAAUUGAAUUGAAUUCAAUGGAGAAGAAUUUUUGUUAAUAAAACUGAAAAAUUAAGAAAAAAUGUCAGAAGAAGAGGAAGAUUUUGUGGAAUCAGAAGAAACACAACUGACCGAUGACCAAAAAAUCGAAAUUGCCAAAUGGUUCCUUCUCAAUGCCCCCGCCGGCGAAAUUCAGUACGUCGCCAAAGAUGUUAGGGCUAUUUUGAAAGACGAAAAUUUAUAUAAGAAAGCGGCUGAGGAGUCAUUUCCUUCCUACAACAAAUCUCACUUGAUUUGUCUCGAUUUUCCAAACAGAAGUGGCGAUGUACUGAUUACGUCAUUUAGUGAGGUCGAUAAGGAUGAGUAUCUUGAUCCCCGGACUGCCCAGGUUGCCAUAGUUGACCAUGUCAAGCAAGUUUGUAAAGAAGUUAGACCAGCAAGAGAUGAAGAACUUCCAUCUGCUUUCGUUGAAGAGUAUAGGUCUUCCAUGGAUGCAGAAAUUAUGAAGUAUGUCAGUGAAACGUAUCCAAAAGGUGUCUGUUCAGUUUACUGUUCCAAGGGAAAGGAUGUGGAAGAGCCAGGAUUCGACUUUGAACUUGUGGUGGUGAUUUCAGCUGCUAGGCAUAGUCCUCAGAAUUUCUGCAAUGGUAGCUGGCGAUCAAUAUGGAAUAUUGAAUUUAAGGAUGAAAUUCAAUCCAUAGAAGUGAGUGGGAAGAUGCAGGUUGGCGCCCAUUACUUUGAAGAGGGGAAUGUGCAGCUAGAUGCAAAUCAUGAAUGUAAGGAUACAACGUUAAUUCAGUCCCCAGAUGAUUCUGCAUUUUCCUUGGUCAACAUCAUUCGCCACCAUGAGACUGAGUAUCUGGCGUCUCUUCAGACAUCUUACUUGAAAUUGCCUGAUACCACUUUCAAGGACUUGCGGAGGAAGCUUCCCGUUACACGAACAUUGUUCCCUUGGCAUAACACUGCACAAUUUAGCCUUACAAGAGACAUCGAAAAAGAACUUGGAAUUGGAAAAUAGAAACAUUUCAUGUCUUUUAUACAAGCUAAACAUGUAUACUACACCAUUCUUGAUAUGACAAGUGAGUUUACUUGAGAUUGCCAUCUCCGUCUCUUUGUUGUUUUCUCCCUAUUGUAUCUCUGAUAGAGGAAUUUUCAUUUUCUGUCAUUAUACCAUGUUUGUUAAUGUGGGAACUGUUGUUCCUUAGUUGUUCAUUUGCCACUUGAGCUGAGAGAGUUGUGUAUGCUGUGAAGAGUUGUAUAAGUACUGAAUUGGAAGUCUUCAUGGUUUUUACCCUUGUAAUGAUUGAACGAUGCUGGUAAAGAAUGAUACUUGUUAGUUGUUGAUGA